UGGUUUACCCAGCAGAAUACUUUCUUUUUCCCAACAGCAUCUGUUCAGCAGCCAAACACGAGUCAGCACAUCCAGGGCCAGUUCUUGGCCAGGAUUCAUCUCAUUCAGUCAAAUAGAAUAUCCUCCUUUGGAGCUUCAUUAAAUACUUUACAGCACACACAUGAGCCUUCCUCCACCUGCGUGCCGGUUCGGCAUGGUGCCUCUCAGGAUGUUGGGGCUUCUCCUGCUCUCGUUGUUAACCUAUGGUAGCAACCUCACAUGCCCCCCAAGACUUGACCUUCUGAUCCUGGAUGCUCCUGGGAUCAUAGAAUAUGGAACAGAAGUUCAUGCAAACUGCUCCACAACAGAAAAAAGGUUUGAAGAAUUAACCCUAUGGCUUGGAAACAAACGCUGUGAAAGUCAAAUAAGGGAAACUCAUGUCUCCUGUGAUGCACCAGCAUCAGACUUUCAGAUGAAGGCAGUGUGCAUAAUUAAGUUUAAUGGCACCUUUCAAUGCAGCGAAGAGCUUGCAUUAACCGUAUACAGGAACCCAGAGGUUAGGCUCACUGUUAAGGAUGGAAAUGUCAGGCAGACAGAUUAUGAACUGCACUGUGAUGUCUUUAAUGAUACCUCUGGUCAAAACUUCUCUCUCACAUGGUACAAAAACAAUAAAAUCUUUAAGACAGUUCCCUUCAUUGAGUCACACGGAAAGCGAGAAAACAUUUCCGAUAUACUGACCAUUGACAUCAGCAGGGAAGAGAAUUUUGCUGACUUUAGAUGUGAAGUUCAACUGGAUCUUGGACUGCAGAAACCACCGAAUCCUGUUAUUUCUACAACAUACAUUCUCUCAGCACGCUAUGUCCCCGAGGUCAGUACAUAUUCUAACAAGAACAUCACUGUGGCCAAGGGUGGUGAUGCAACCCUUCUCUGUGAUGUAGAGGGGAACCCGCCUCCUGAGUAUCAGUGGACUGUUGAUGAAGAGCCUUUGUCUGAAACCACUGACAGGCUUGACAUUUUUCAGGUUAACAGCAGUUCAACCUAUACCUGCACAGCUACAAAUAUUCUGGGAAACGUAACUGUGCAAGUUUAUGUUGUUGUCGAAGAAAUGACGACAACAGGCCCUGCAGCCGUGUCAAACCCAGAGGAAAAGGCACUUGAAAAUUGUGGCUUAACCUUGAUGCCCUCUGAAGUUUAUGUGAAAUAUGGAGAUCCAGCUUCGAUAAAUUGCAGCACAGCCAGCAGAGAUGUUGCUAAAAUGUCCUGGGAGUUUUCAGUCGGCAGCAGUUCUGAAACACCUCCCACUGUAACUUGGACGGUUGAGAAACUAAAAGACUUCACUGCGAAGCCUUUUUGCUUUGUCACUCUGAAUGAUGAUAGUCAGUGCGUUAUAAAUCCAGAUAUUAUUCUUUACAAGCUUCCAGAUUCGGUGGCAGUAUCUGCGGUGGGUAAUGAUUCAAUGAGAGAGGGUGAAGAGCAUCAGUUGCAGUGUGCCAUUCACACAGUGACCCCUGCAAAUAAGCUCCUUGUGAAGUGGUAUAAAGACAAUGAAAAUGUCUUCUCAGAUGACAAAAAAAACCUGAGUUUGUCCCCACCAGGAAGUCUUAAAAAUCUGUUUUAUUUCUACACUUUCACUGCCAAGAAAAGCGACAAUGGAUCACUUUUCAGAUGUGAGGCUGAGUUUCAGUUUGGUCCUGCAGGGCCACUGGUGCCCCCAUCAAUGGCCUCAAAACCUUACACUGCUCAUGUACACUAUAAGCCAACCUUCAAAGCUUGCAAUAGUCAUCACACUGGUGUGGAAAAUAGAUUCCGUCUGCAUGAUUUGUCUUGUGAAACUGAUGGGAACCCUCCACCUGAUAUUAAGUGGUACUACAAUGGUGCACUGAUUGAUUCAUUGAAGCUCCUUAACAGGAAUGACUCUGGGAUCUACACAGCUACAGUGCAUAAUUCAAUGGGCCAGGUUAAAACUGAUGUUAGCAUCAGAGUUGAAUACAGACCCAGUUUGUCCUGUCAGAUGCUGUAUGAGGUUAAAGUAAACGAAGCACCAAAAACUUUGUGUGAACUAGAGGGUUCACCUCCCCCUGACAUCUCUUGGUUAAAAAAUGGAACUGAGAUCUUUCCACGGCACUGGAAAAAACAUGAGAGUGGAAACUAUUCACUAAAAGCAUCCAACAAACAUGGAAAAGCUGAGCAGCAUUUUUAUCUGAACAUUUUGUACUCCCCUGAGUUCACGGAGCCAGAUACCACUGUGGGUUUUACUGUAGACAACAACGUGUGUUUAGUUUGCAAUGCUGAUGGCAACCCUGAGCCUGAGAUCAAAUGGACCCACUACCAGCCUGCAGAUAAUGUACGGGAGACCACUGUGGGGCGCCAGAAGAUCAUAACCAUCACAAGAGCCACGUCUACUAAUGCUGGCCAUUUCAUCUGUGUUGCCACGAAUAAAGUUGGGAAUGUGACAAGAAGUGUCAUUCUGGUGAAGAGAGAUAAAAUCGAUCACUUCUUCACGUACUGGUGGGUUAUCCUGCUACUAGUACUACUGAUCGUGAUUGCCAUUUUGGGACUCAUAUAUCGAAAUAACCGCAGAAAACAAGGACUGUAUAAUUUUGUUUAUGACAAAAACAUCCCAAUGCAAAGCAACACCACUGUAGAGAAUGGGGCGCAAUUACUGAAUGGUGAAAACUAAAGUUGAAAGCAAAAGCCGCUUGUAAAUAAACAUUAUUAACCUCAUAUAUGCUAAAACAGUUAAAAAAAACGACUUUUGUGCAAAAUGUUAAACUGUUGUGUUUUAGCUUUUAAACGUUCUUUUUACACUUUCAUCAUCAUUGCUUUUGUACAUUUUGUUCUUGCAUCAUCAGUUAUUUAAUAUGUAAAAAUAAAUUGUAGCACCUUUA